CAUAUACAGUCUUCUUUUCCUCUCUCAGGAGGUAUUUCUCAGAGCUCUCUGCUAACACUGUACCUUUCUAGGGAGAAAAUCCUUCCUUCUGCCUUUGAAAGAAUUAAAGAACGAAACAACGCAGAAUAAUCCCCCAAGACGAAAACAACUUGCUUCCCUCUGUGCUUGGCAACCUGCACUGGUUCCAGUGUAGGCAGAGCUGUGCCUGGAGGACUAAGCAGCUGUGCUGACCAUGAGCGAGCAGAGCCACGUCAACAGCCUGUUCCUCAACGAGGAUGCAGCCAAGCGGCUCCGUGCUGACACCCGGAUGCAGCGGUUCCGGCAGGCUGUGCAGAAGCGGGCAGCGCGGGCCAAGAAACGGAUGCACAGUAUCACUGCUGGGAGCGCUAAAAGCUUCUUCAGGAGGAAUGCCUUUGUCCUCUUCACCAUUGCUGCAGUCCUACUAGGGAUUAUCCUGGCCUUCUCCCUCCGGCCCUACCAGCUGACCUAUCGCCAGAUCAAGUAUUUCUCCUUCCCUGGGGAGCUGCUGAUGCGUAUGCUCCAGAUGCUGGUUCUUCCUCUCAUUGUCUCUAGCUUGAUAACAGGAAUGGCGUCACUGGAUAGCAGAGUCUCAGGGAAGAUGGGGAUGCGGGCUAUCAUCUACUACAUGGUAACCACAAUCAUAGCUGUCUUCAUUGGCAUCUUCAUGGUGAUCAUCAUACACCCAGGAAAAGGAUCUAAGGACAAACUUCACCGAGAAGGCAGAAUUGAGCAGGUGCAGACCACAGAUGCUUUCAUGGACUUGGUGAGGAAUAUGUUCCCGCCCAACCUGGUAGAAGCCUGCUUCAAACAGUACAAGACUCAGUACAGCACCAGGGUCUUCACCAGAACCAUCCUCCACAGCAGCAAUGUCACAGCAGGUGUGACAACCACUCAGAUACCUGUGCCUGAGAAUUUCACUAGCAUCAUGGAGAACGUCACUCAUGGCCUGGGAACCAUCUCCGAGGUGCUGACCUUUGAAGAAGUCAUUCCCAUCCCAGGCUCAGCCAAUGGGGUGAACGCACUGGGGCUGGUAGUGUUCUCCAUGUGCUUCGGUUUGAUGAUCGGCAGCAUGAAGCAGAAGGGACGGGCCCUGCGGGAGUUCUUUAACUGCCUCAACGAAGCCAUCAUGAGGCUGGUGGCCAUUAUCAUCUGGUAUGCUCCAGUUGGGAUCAUGUUUUUAAUUGCGGGCAAAAUCCUGGAGAUGGAUGACCUAGCAGUGAUGGGAGGCCAACUGGGGAUGUACACGCUCACUGUCAUCGUUGGACUCCUCAUUCAUGCCCUUUGCAUCCUGCCCCUGCUCUACUUCAUUGUCACUCACCGAAACCCCUGGGUGUUUAUUGCAGGGCUCCUGCAGGCUCUCAUCACAGCCCUGGGCACCUCUUCCAGCUCAGCGACUCUGCCCAUAACCUUCAGGUGCCUCGAAGAAAACAAUGGUGUGGACAGGCGCAUCACGAGGUUUGUGCUGCCUGUGGGAGCCACGAUUAACAUGGACGGCACUGCUCUGUAUGAGGCCCUUGCAGCCAUCUUCAUUGCACAAGUCAACAACUAUGAACUUGACUUUGGGCAAAUCAUCACAAUAAGCAUCACUGCCACAGCAGCCAGCAUCGGAGCCGCAGGUAUUCCCCAGGCAGGACUGGUGACAAUGGUUAUAGUGCUGACAUCAGUUGGGCUGCCUACUGAAGACAUUACACUGAUCAUUGCUGUGGACUGGUUUCUGGACCGCCUUAGAACAACUACCAAUGUCCUGGGGGAUUCUCUGGGGGCUGGCAUUGUGGAGCAUCUCUCCCGGCAUGAGCUGGAUGCGCAAGACUGCGAACUUGACUAAACAGAUCCUGUAUAUAUCACAGACUAUUUGUCCAACUUUUCAAGAAAACAUUGAAUUCUAAUCCUGAAGAGACUUCCUGUGUAAAAAGGGCAAACUGAAGGUUGAAUCAGAAGAUUGUUGGAUUGGAUUUUGGCUCAAAUGGGAAUUAAUUCUGAGAAGUCCUAUGGCUUGGGUUACACGGACGGUCAUACUAGAUUGGUCAUAAGGGUCCCUUCUGGCUUUAUAAUAUAUACACGUGCUUUCUGGCUUAGAGAUAUUGCAAAGGGGCUUUCCAGCCCUGUCAUUUCUAAAAGCUAUCUGAAAGGAUCCUGAUACUAUAAUAAAACUCAUCAUGAGUCUAACCUGUUUUCAGUUCCUGUUAGCAGACAUGGACACAUAUCACAAAAGGGACUCUCCAUACCUCAUUGCAUCCACAUGUUCACAGAUGUUCCCACAAAGCAGUAUGCACCAAGCCUUGCCAUUUGUGAUUUCCUGCUUUCCACACAAGAUUAACAGAGUACAAACAAGCAGAGGCCUAAUUAUCCAACAAUGCAAACCAGUCUUCGUUUGGGAAUUUCAUAAUUCAGUUUAUAGCUUUUAGCUCUGGUGUUUACCCAUGUUGUUAACCAGAUUAUGAGUGGGAUUAUCUAUUUACAGUACCUGAACAUCAACGUAUUGUCAGAAAUUUGCAUAUACUUACAUAUAUAUAUAUAUGUAUAUAUAUAUACACAUAUAUAUGAAAGGGGUGCAUGUGUGCAAGCAUACAUAUACAGAGUCAAAUUUUUUGUUACUAAUCCAAAAAGGAAAGCCAAUAUUACAGUCUCACUGUGUAUAAAGCGGCAUAUUUCAUUUUGGUGCCCAUCUUGAUUUACUCAUUUAAAUCCAUACUUAAAACAAAAAACUGAGGCUGUUCUACUUCAUUCCAGAAAUCAGUCUUUCAAAGCCAGACUUCCCAGAAAGGAGCUCAAUGCAUGACAAUUUUGACUUGUACCUGCUGGAGAUGAAAUGAGAACUUCUUAAUGUAUAGAAAAAAUUCUCCACUGUGUCCUUGUCUGUACACAUCCCAAAGACCCUCAUCCACACUGCAUCUGUUUUGGCAAAGGCAAAGAGAUCAGUCAAGAAUGCUAAAAUAUUUGUACUCCUUCCAAAUCCAGUGCUGAUCUUGUACUAACUCAGCCUUCAAAACUGGGUAAUUGAAUGUUAUUUUAUAAUUUUAUCCACUGUCUUUUAAAAUUACCAGAUAUUUGUGAGCUUAUAGAGUCUUUAUUGCAGUCCUGCUGCUUUUACUUGCAGAAACUUUUACAGUUUUUGCAAACAGAUCUCUUCCUAAUGAUUAUUGAUGUGAUGAAACAGAGAGCUAUCUCAAUGCAUAAAUACACAAGUAGCUCUUGGAUAAGGACAUAACUCUUCAAUACUAAUUUGAAGAUUAAAAGCCCAGGAAGAAUAUGGAUUUUCAGUUAGGCCACAUGUCACUUUAUGUUUGUGAUACAUGCACAUUAUUCCAGGAGUCAGAGCUGCCUGUGAAAACUGACCUGACAUUGUAUAUCCUUCUGCUCUGCCCAAAGACAAACUGGAAAUCAGUACUGUACAAUGUGUUCAUGGCAUUCAUGCAAUUUGACUCUGUUAAUUCCUGAGGGCUUCAUGCUGUUAUUUUCAGUGUUAAUACACAUAGUUUCCAUAUUUGAAAAAUAAAGGGAAUUUUUUCCACAAUACUUUUCUGUGGAUGCUAACAGCGUGGUCAGAGAGAGAGUCAGAUAAACCUUCCCAGGCAUUGCUCUGGGGAGCUGUGAGAAACUCACAAAGGAAUUAAAGAACAGUCCUUGCACCUGGUGUUUACUUACAAGGUGUUUAGGAAGAGGUGUUUUCCCUAAUUAGCCAAUUAUGGUGAGGGGUGUUGGUCUGAGGACCAAUCAUGUCUAUUUCUCUCUGAACAGUAUAUGAAAGAUGCAAGCUCUAAUAAAAGGGGCUCUUGCCUUCUGAAGAAGACCUGAGUCGUGUUGUUAUUAGCCGUCCCUAAUACAAUAGCAACACUUUUCCACAAUGGUUUUUUUUUUCUAUUAUUUUUUCUCAGGACUGUGACCUUCCAAAGUCAGAGACACCACUUUUCGCAUGAUGUAUUAUACUUUCUUAUCUCUAUGUGCCUACCUCAUGGGUCAAAUAGUAAUCUCAGAUUUUGACAAGGCCUUUCCCUAAAGCUGCUUCUUUGAUACCAUCUUUGGCAUUUGUCCAUAAACUGAGAAAGCUACAUGAGGUUUGCUUCAUCUGCACCAGACAGCACAUAGGCACAUACUUCCACCUGGAAAACCCACCCUCAAAAAAGGUUAUGUGGAAGAGGUCUCAGAGGCUUAAACAAUAAUGGGUUUAUGCUACUUGCUAAAAUGUUGCAUUAAUGGCAGGGCAUCUGCACAAAGUGAAAGCUGUUUGUUCACCCUUUGAUAGCUCUUUUCCUUGUCUUCUGUUCCCUAAGGGACAGGAAUCAAGCUAAAUAACAGGGCUGCUGGGGGAAGGGCAUCCCCAGUCCGACAGCACCCAGGAAAGUCAACUCAGAAGUCAGAUCAUAAGACAACAGCAAGUGAUGAGCAGGUCUGAGGUGUAGGUCCCAAGGGAGGCUGCCCAGGGCCAUUAAGGCCUAACAGUCCACUUGGGGUGCAUCUGCAAUCUAGUCUACCCCUCCUGCAGUCCCAGCCAUGCAGACUCCUCCUGUGUGGUGCCACCAGCUUGGCUGAGGGGUCUCUGAAGAUUCCCAGUCAAACCCCUCUGCUCAAAGCAGAAGCAACUUGCACAGGCUGCUCAGGACUUGGUGUGGUUGGAAUCUGAACAUCCCCAUGGAUGCAGGUUCCACACACUCAAUCACCCCCACUGUAAAAAUGCUUUUCUUUGUUUAAAUAGAAUUUCUUGUAUUUUGACGUGUGC